CGUACGUGAUCUGUUGUUUGUCUUCUCGGUGUAUCUCGUUAUCCCCUUUGUUUUACUGUCACAUAAUAAAUGCUACUUUUGCUAGGAUGUUCGUCCAGGCCACCACACAACGUACAGGGUUGUUUCAUUGAUGCUGGCUCCAACCGUUUCACCGUGAACUCACUCCUCUGACGUUCAAACCCUUUCCUUCAUUGUUCAUCUCUCUCGUUCUCGGGCACCCGCCGGCCGCAUUUCGGGUCCCCAUGCAUCAUGCACCCGGGGACUCCGCAACCGAAGUGGUUGUCGACAUAAAGCUGCUCGACUUCGCAUUCCUAAAACACCUCCUCAACAGGAAACGGACAAUGACUCAGAACAAGCACGAAGGAGCUGUCGCAGCUGUCAACGAUCCGGCCUUCCAGCCGCGAUCCGAAUUCUUGGAUGCCAUUGACUGCGAGGAUUACCGAUUGAUGAUUGCUGGGGAAGAUUACAACGCUAUGGUCCCCGAGCUCCUUGAGGGAAGGCUACGGAUGAAGAGACUGUGCCGCAAGUACAAUGACACCUUGGGCGAUCCCGAGGAUCUGGGUCUGGAGAAGCUGGCGGAAAAGAGAAGAGAGAUGUUGAGCCAGAUGCUUGGGAAGUGUGAUUUGACACAGGUCGACCUUGAACCACCAGUGAUGUUCGACUACGGCGGCAACAUCUUUCUCGGAGACGGAGUCUACAUGAACUACAAUACCACGAUCCUAGAUUGCGCGCCAGUCUAUAUUGGUGACCGCACGAUGUUUGGACCGAACGUGUCGAUAUACACCGCGGGUCAUCCCAUCGAAGCCGGCCCGCGACUGGCUGGGACGGAGUGGGCGAAACCCAUUCGGAUCGGCAAGGAAUGCUGGAUUGGAGGAAACGCUGUGAUCACUCCAGGCGUGACAGUUGGUGAUCGAGUGGUUGUCGCAGCUGGCGCGGUCGUCACUAAGGAUGUCCCGAACGAUUGCGUCGUUGGCGGAGUACCGGCGAAGGUCAUAAAGAAGAUCGAUCAGACAGAGGGUCAAAAAUGAAGAGCAUUUGAUAAAGUCGUUAGAGAUAACAUGUUGGUCA